GGGCGGUUCCAUUCUGUCUCAAGCAGCCGUCUAAACAAACCAAGACUAGCUCACCAAAGUAGCUGACAAAACACGAACAUGGCGCAUGCUUGCACCGACAGCUACCUAUAAAACAGUGUCGCGAACAAGUGGGAAACAAAGUUUUCAGAUAUUAUCGAAGUGCACCCACUUUGUGCCUUCAGUGGUGGAUUUGGUCAUGUAAAACACGAACGGAAUAGCUCUAGCGGGUGAAAGCUGCAAGUUGCCUACAUGACAACAUUGUCUCUUAUAGUGUUGUAAAGAGCUGAGUGUUCUACCGUUAAGUAUCCAAAGAAGAAGAAAAAAUGCUUCUUGUCUGGGACUUGGUCUUCAAUAAUCCAGGCACGACCAGCCAUGAUUGAGGACAAGGGCCACCGUGUGACCGACUACUUUGUGGUGGCCGGGCUGACGGACAAGUCCACGCCCCUGGAGCAGGACCUGUCGGAGACCAAGUCCAGCGGGCCUAAGGCGCCCAUUACUGACCUGGCCGUCAUCAACAAGUCGGCGGGAGAGACUGUUCCCGAGGGCUUCACCUGCAUGGAGAGCACCUACAGUGGGCAGCAGGCCAACCUCAACCACGGCAGCCUUAAGAGCCACGAGCUGUUCCUCUGCUACAAGAGGGACCGCGACAAGCCCCCGCUCAUCGACAUCGGUGUGUUAUACGAAGGGAAGGAGCGUCUCAUCCAGGGCUGUGAGGUCAUUCAGGCCACGCCGUACGGCCGGUGUGCCAACGUCAACAACAGCUCUGCCACCUCGCAGCGCAUCUUCAUCACCUUCCGCCGCGCGCCGCCCGUUCAGCCCCAGAACUCACUGGCCGUCACCGACAUCUGCGUCAUCGUCACUAGCAAGGGCGAGACGCCGCCGCACACCUUCUGCAAGGUGGACAAGAACCUCAACUGUGGCAUGUGGGGCUCCAGUGUUUUCCUGUGCUACAAGAAAUCAGUGUCCGCGUCCAACUCCAUCAAUUACAAAGCCGGCCUCAUCUUCCGCUACCCAGAGGAUGACUAUGAGUCCUUCCCCCUGUCUGAGUCUGUGCCCCUGUUCUGCCUCCCCAUGGGGGCUAAGAUCGAGUGCUGGGCCCCCAACACACGCUACCCUCUGCCAGUCUUCUCCACCUUUGUGUUAACCAACUCCUCUGGGGAAAAGAUGUACGGCGCAGCCAUCCAGUUCUACGAGGUCUACCCCAUAGAUCUCCUCAGUGAGAAGCAGAAGGUGCAGCUGGGCCUGCUCACCACCGUGGAGAAGAAGGUGAUCCCCAACCGGACGGUCAACACCAACAAGUGCAUCUGCCUGCUCUCCCGCUGGCCCUUCUUCGAGUCUUUCCGCAAGUUCCUCAUGUUCCUCUACAAGCUGUCCGUCUCGGGUCCCCACCCGCUGCCCAUCGAAAAGCACAUCUCGCACUUUAUGCACAACGUGUCCUUCCCUUCACCUCAGAGGCCCAGAAUCUUGGUCCAACUCUCUGCACACGACACCUUGAUGCUCGCACAACCUGUGUGUACUCCUCUCCCUCUCAGUGGGGCAGACUACAGUACGUUGCUGAUGAACCUGGGCUCUGAGAACUGUGCCACGCUGCUGCACUUUGUCCUGCUGGAGAGUAAGAUCCUGCUUCACUCCCUGAGACCCGCUGUACUCACCGGGGUAGCAGAGGCCGUAGUGGCGAUGAUCUUCCCGUUCCAGUGGCAGUGCCCGUACAUCCCCCUCUGCCCGCUCUCCCUGGCGGGGGUCCUCAAUGCCCCCUUUCCCUUCAUCGUGGGCGUGGACUCCCGCUACUUUGACCUUUAUGACCCCCCGCCGGACGUGGUCUGUGUGGACCUGGACACCAACACUAUUUACCUGUCUGAUGAAAAGAGACACAGUAACUGGAAAAACCUCCCAAAGAAACCCUGCAAGAGCCUGUUUAACUCCCUGGCCAACCUGCACCACCAGCUGGGCAUCGUGCGUCGGACAGCCCAGGAGGGCUUGGCGGUGGAGAUGACCCCCAUCGAGGCGGACUUCACCUGGCACAAGAAGAUGACCUCCCUGGAGAUGGAGAUCCAAGAGGCCCUGCUGCGCUUCAUGGCCAACAUCCUGAAGGGCUACCGCUCUUACCUCAAACCCAUCACCCAGGCCCCCUCCGAGAAGGCCACCUCCGCAGACUCACUAUACGACCUACAGGGGUUUCUGAGGAGCAGGGAGCGCACCCACCAGAAGUUCUACUCCCAGCUGACCAAGACUCAGAUCUUCAUCCGCUUUAUUGAGGAGUGCACGUUCGUCAGCGACAAGGAUACGGGCCUGGCCUUCUUCGACGACUGCAUUGAGAAGCUAUUUCCCUCCGAUAAAGGCAACGACAAAGGCACUAAGGUGGAGGGUGAGUCCUCAGAGGACACCAAGCUUAUGGAACUAGACGAAUCACAGAAGAGCGAGCACACUGUCUUCGUCAUGCCCCCAGAACCCCCCGCCACCGAGGAAGGGUCCGACCCCCCUGCCCACUACAGUUAUAAGAGUUUUCCACGGUUGUGUAUGGACCUGUUUGACCGCCCCAGGGAGGUGAUACCAGCGCUGAGGAGUAGUACACCUGGGGCCAGCCUGUCCAGUAGCCCUGCACUACUGGCCAAGAGGACCAAGCAGGAGAUCAAGCUGGCCUACAAGAUGGCCAAGCGCUUCUACUCCAACCCUCCGCUGUGGGCCAAGUGUCUGUUCAGCCACUGCUACAGCCUGUGGUUCAUCUGCCUGCCUGUGGGGGUGAGGCUGGCUCAGUCCAAGAGCUGGGCCAUGCAACAGGCCUACAACGUCCUGCUCAAGAUGAGGACAUCUGAGGUGGAGGUGCUGGAUGAGGUGUGUUACCGUGUAGUGAUGCAGCUGUGUGGCGUGUACGGUCAGCCUGUCAUGGCCGUCCGUGUCCUGGUGGAGAUGAAGAAGGCAGGGGUGCACCCAAACGCUAUCACCUACGGAUACUACAACAAGGCUGUUCUGGAAGGCCCCUGGCCCAGUCGGAACCGCAGUGGGCUCUUCAUGUGGGCCAAGGUGCGCAACGUGGCGCGCGCUCUCUCUCAAUUCAAACAGGUAGUCCACCGGACGCCCUCCAUGGAAGGACCCACCGUCAUCACGACAGCUUGCUCAGGAAGUGAUUUAGGCCCGUCAGCGGGGGGCUUGGCGAGCAGCGACGGCGACCGGCUGAGCCACGGGAGUGCAGACAGCUCCAGCGAGGCAAACGGAGAGGAUCACACCCUGUUCGCACGCAGCCUCAUCAUAGCAGACACCGCAGACAACCACUGCAGCGGAGGAGUUCAGUCUGAUCAAGGCUACGGCUCUAAAGAUGAGUUGCACCAGGACCUAGUGGAUUUGGCUCAAUCAGCAGCCCUUGUAAUCGCUGUGGAUCAGUGCAGCAAGUCCGCAGCACAGCACAACGGUGGGGACAUAGCUGGCUCGGUGGACAGUGCAGUGGCUGUAGCAGAGCCCCCCAGCCCUGUGAAAGCACUCCCACAUGUCCCUAGCAUCGUCAAACUGUCCACAGGGGCGAGUUUUGAUACCGCCAUGAAGAGAGGAGACGCUGCCCCUGGGAAGCUGUUCUCUCUGCGCAGCCAGAGCGAGGACAUCUCCCUGCCGGUUGAGGGUAGGUCUGCAGCUCCGGGUGGCUCCGGGGUGGCGGGGCCUGCGGUCCAGGUCCAGCGCCAGAAGGCCUUCUCGGAGCGCAGCUGCAGCUUCAGUGCCGAGAGCCGUGCCGGCAUGCUGAUGGAGAAACAUGGUGUGGACCACAUCGUCAGCCGCAUGGGCGCCGAUGCACGGAUCUUGGCCGCGGCUCUCUCUGGGGGCGGCACCACCCCCCCACCUUCAAAGCCGAUUCCCAGUGCGGCCAAAGCCCUCUUUAAGGACCUGGAGUUGGAGUCUGAGGAGGGGCGGGGUCCGACGCUGGGGAAACUAUCAGAGGAGGAGGGGCCAGUAACGGACCCAACCUCACUGGAGGAGGGGUUAGGGAAAGAGGAGAAGAGGAUGAAAGGUGACUGGAAGGAGGCAGGAGGGGAGGAUGAGAUGGGUCUAAAGUUGGAGGAGGAAGAUGAGGAAAGAGAUUCAGGGGGGAGGGGCUCUAUUUCUCUGCCAACCUUGGAGAUUAAGGAGGUGCAGGUAGGGGCAGACCCCCUCUCCCUCCUUGUCUCGGAGCACGAGGAGUUAGCCUCCGUAACCAGUCAGGAGCUGCCGCAAUCCCUGCCUGCCAUGGUGUCCCGAAACCUGGCAGACGAGAUUGAGAUGUACAUGAGCCUCCGGAGCCCGCUUGGCCCCAAAUCCUGUAGCAUGGAGCUCCACCAGGAGGGCCAGGGAGGGGACCCUUCCCCAGAUGCUGCCCCAGUGAAGCAACCUCAAGAACGGAGGUCCAGCCUCCCCGUGCCCCCUGUCAAACACCCAGGGGGGUCAAGCGGGGACACGACGCCUAAACGCAGCCCCGCAGCAGUCACGCGCUCCAAGACCUUCGCCGUGAAGGCCUCCAGAAGCCCUGCCUCUUCCAGGGGUGUUGUGGCCAGCCCAAGGUCGUCGCCGCUGACUGCGCUGGUGAGGUCGUCGCAGAGUGGUUCGCUGGGGUCGGUCAUCAACUCCAUCUCGGGCAUGAAGAUGGACACCCUGCUCUCGGGUCCCAAGAUAGACGUGUUGAAAUCAGGCAUGAAGCAGGCAGGGAACCUGGCCAGCAAGGUGUGGGGGGCUGUGGCCUCAGCCUACUCUUACUCUGACGACGAGGAUGAACUGGGCCCCGGCUAUAGGGAAAGAGACAGUUUCCCUGCCGGGCUGGAUGAGUCCAUGCUGUUGGGGGGUGGAGGAAGUGACAGUCCCACCCACAGAGGGCCCACCCAAGGCCUGGUGUCCAACGGCCUGACCCAGAGCAGCACCAGCCUGGGCAGCAGCAGUGGGAGCAGUGACACAGGGAGAGGACCCCACUCCACACAUGUGACUCCAGGAAGGCCAGGCAGAGGUCCAGACUCUGAGAGGUCAGACCAAGGCUCCCACCACACCAGCUCCUCUAGUAUCUACCAGAACUGUGCCCUUGAGGUGCUGAUGUCCAGCUGCUCCCAGUGUCGAUCCUGUGAGUGUCUGGUAUACGAUGAGGAGAUCAUGGCGGGCUGGACGGCAGACGAUUCCAACCUCAACACCACCUGUCCCUUCUGCCGCACCGCCUUCCUGCCCCUGCUCCACGUCGAGUUCCACGACCUGCGCACCACCACAGCGUUCUACCUGAACCCCAGCGCAUCAGGAGACAGUAUCCACAGCACCAGCCAGCAGGCCACAGCUACAGGCUCCACCGAGAACAAGGUAGGGGCUGCAAUGGACACCCUGACCCCUGGCCUCAUCAGCUUCCCAGAAUCUGAGGACCCAGGAGAGGCCCCGGCCAGCCAGACUGCUACGCACAAGAGUUUGAUACCGGAGCCGGCUCAAUCGGAUCCCCUGGGCCUGCUGGAGCACCAGGCAGGGAAAAGGGGGACGUCUCUGACACGCAGCAACAGUGUGGGCGGGCCUCUACAGAGCCUGGUUGCCCAGAGAGAACCAGGACACAGCGUGUCCACCACCAGCCUGCCCUGCAGCCUGACAGAGAUGGAUGGCCUGGGACAGAAACGGCCCAACCCAAUGCCUGUGUCUGUGCCCUACCUCAGCCCCCUGGUCCUCCGCAAAGAACUAGAGACCCUACUGGAGAAUGAGGGAGACCAAGUCAUCUACACUCACAAAUUCCUGAGCCAGCACCCCAUCAUAUUCUGGAACCUGGUGUUUUAUUUCCAACGCCUGGACCUGCCCAGCUACCUGCCUGGCCUCAUCCUCACCUCGGAACACUGUAACAAUGGAGUACAGCUCCACCAGACAUCCCUGUCUCAAGACAGUAAACAGGUGUAUGUUCAGCUGCUGUGGGACAACAUCAAUCUGCACCAGGAACCUGGGGAUCCCCUCUACCAGAGCUGGAGGACCCUGAUGGAGAAGAAGGGCACACUGGCCCCCACGGACUACCAGGAGACACGGACCCUCCUCAACAGCAUCGUCCGCAGCAUCCAGACCAACGACGUCUAUGGCCCCAUCAACCUGCUUCUCCGGGAGGUCAAGAGGAACCCAGAGGUCAAACGCCAAAGGGGUAUCUAUCGGGAGAUCCUCUUCCUGGCGCUGGUGGCAUUGGGACGGGAGAACAUUGACGUCGAGGCUUUUGACCGUGAAUACCGCCUGGCCUUUGAUGAGCUGAGCCCAGAGCAGAUCAAGGCCCUGCAUAAGAUCGACCGGCCACCCAACACCAACAUCCAGUGGUGCCUCAAGUGCUUCGGUGCUCCAGUCAUCUGAUUUGGCCACUGCUGCCAUCUGCUGGACGGUCUGAGGACCUAACUCACACUGGAGAGAAGCAGACAAGAGAAAGGGGGGAAGGAACUUGAUGGGUGAGGGUGUAAGGGAGAAUUUUUGCACCUUCAUAUCGCCCAAAGAUGGUACUUUUUAUCCCGAAAGUCCCUUUUGUUGUUCUUUCCCCGCGGGCCACUUGUAUUGCAUUGUUAUUUAUGUAAAUACUCUGGAAGGUCAGGAAAGAGAGCCUUGUUUAUCAAUCAAAUGUAUUUAUAAAGCCCUUACAUCAGCUGAUGUCACAAAGUGCUGUACAGAAACCCUAAAACUCCAAACAGCAAGCAAUGCAGGUGUAGAAGCACUAUACAUUAACUGAACCGUUGGUAAACAAAAUAACCGUAUAUGAACAAUUAAGCUUGUAUGAUAGCAAGCUAGCUACAGUAGCAUGGCAGGAAGGGGGGACACCUACUAUAUAAAAUGGUGUGGUGAGAAUGUCACUUGUACAGUGUUAGUCCCUUUUAUGAUCGAGUAUGCUUGUCUCUCACUGCCUAGUCCUGAGUGGCCUUGCUCCAGGAUCUGACCCCAACACCCCUGGCCCUAGAACCACUUUGUAGUAUUCUAGUAGGUGAUUUACCCAUGGACAGAAUACCGAUCAUCACUGUCAUUGAUGUGCACUUUUAGAAACGGUAGCUUUACCAGUCCGUUGGUUGUCUUUUUUGUACAUAUUUUUCUACAUGGGGGAUGCCUUGAUGCUGAUUUCUACAGAUUCAGUCUUCACUAUUGUUGUUGUUGUCAUUGUGGGUGUUUGUCUUUGAAUGCAAUUAGUUAUUGAGAAGUAGAUUUCUCUCGUUUUGUGUGUAAAUAAGCGUUGGAGAUCAGUUCGAGAACAUUCCAGAACCCUGCAAACGUGUCUUAAAAGAAAAGCCUGAACUAAAUGUUUUAUUCUUACAACAUCGACAUCCCAAUGGGAGAGAAAAGGAAUCCGUCGCAGCAUACUCAACCUAGAAUGUUUCAGGUUUAGCCACUAGCCAUUUUGGGGCUAAAAAUCAAAUGUAACCAUGAAUAGGAAGGGAACUGAGAUGCCAAACUACUGAAGUGCAGCUCUUUCCUUCUAUGCCUUGAGCAAAAGACGAGAGCCGUUCUGUCACAGGGAAAGAAACCACGGUAAGUUACUGCGGUGCCUCAGUAGUAGUGACAAGUCCAACAUACAGUUAAACUCUUAUGGUAAUAUAUGCUUUCAUGUGAUUAAAAAUCUGCUUGUGUAACUCCAUAAUAUAUCGACAGUAUAUCUGACUGACAUAGAAAUAUCCCUCCCGUUGAAAGCUUAACCAUCAUGAAGCAUUGUAGUUAAGGAAGAUAAGAUAGCUUUUAAAGGUUUACAUAUUAGUGAGGUCUGCCUUAAUUCAUUUUAUCCCAUCUCUUGUUUUCCUUUUUAUUGUGAAUGGAAUAUCAACUUUGAGCAGCGGAAGACUUUACACAGCACAUAAAGGGCUCAUUCAAACCGGAUAAUUAUGCCCAGGGCCUGUAGGACUGAGUGCUGACCUAGGAUCAGGUCUACAUCUGUCCAUGUAAUCUUUAUUAUUUGAAAGGCAAAACUUAUCCAAGCUCAGCACUCCUACUCAUACAUUACAUAAAGUAUCAUAACGGUUCUACACACCACAUUGUAGGUGGUCCUUUCUAGAUACAAAUGGGAGAGUCACACAGAAGUGUGAAUACUCUGUCAGAUUGCACUGCUUAGAUUAGUACGUGAUUUAACCCAAAUAGGGAUCAUCUGUUCAAACAUCAAACUUUACCACCGCGGAACCUAAAACCUCCAGGAAACCUAAAUCCAACUGUUUUAUUAUUAUAACAUAUGGACAACAGAACAUGUAUCAAGCCAAUCACAGUGGUGUUAUACAUUUGAUAACUAACUUCUUAUAUCGAAGCGAUUCCAUCCUAUGGCAUUUCCUGUUGGCUAAAAGCUGUGCUUGAUGUGCUCGUCAGAGGAUGUAUACAAAAUGGUUCAAUCUAUCGUCCUGUGGAAUGCACGUGACUGUCUAUACAUUAUUGUACUGCAAUAAAUGAGUUGUGACCUGAUUCAAAACAAAAACCUG